AGGGGUAGCCCGUAGGAGACGUCCAGUGGCACCCGCGACAUUGAAAGUUGUGAACUAACAACUGUUUUACAAAGUGAUCUCAGGGUGCAUGUGGACAGAAAUAUUAUUUUGAAACCUAGAUUAUUAAUUACAAAUGUAUAUGGACAAAUAUAUAUGGACAACUAUUUAUUAUUACAAAAUCAAAGCGAAAAUAGAAUAAUUAUUUUAUAACUCGUUAAUAAACACACACAUAAAAAAACACGUUAACAAGCGUUUAAGUGAAUGAAAGAACGGUAAAAGUGCUAAUAGACGUCACAAUAUUUGGCAUUGCUUCGAGACACUGAAAAUUGGUGUUGGAACUCGGUUGGUGGCUGUGGCAUCGAAAGAAGUGCCAAUGACGCUGAAGCAGUGUUAUGCCACCCCCCCUCCCCCCUUGACGACGCCCUCGGGAGUAAGGGUUGUCAGGCCGAGGACGCACGACCAGUUCUUUGACUUCAAGUCCGUCUGGAUCGACACUCACAGGAUCCUCAACAAUGCAAACCUGCCGGCGCCGGUCCCUCCCCUCACGCCGGGCACAACCAAGAAGAUGACUGACGCUCUCAGGGCCUCCUUCGCGUCUUGGGAGAAGGAGAGGGAGAAACACAACAUCACCAAAGACCCCAAGCAGUGGACCGAAGACCACGUGAGACAGUGGCUGGUCUGGGCCAUCAAAGAUUUCAGCCUCGAGGGCGUGUCGGUGCACGAGUUCCAGAUGAAAGGGCGCGACCUGGUGGGCAUGGGGCGGGAGUCCUUCCUGGCCCGCACGCCGCCCUUCAUGGGGGACAUCCUCUGGCAGCAUCUCGAGUUCCUUCAGAAAGAUGUCGAGGAGGAGUCCGCCUCGCUCGCCCACGUGCCCUCCACCUUCCACGAGUAUGUGCCAGACUUCAACGAGUUCCUGGAGGGCUACACAGGUCCGAUGCCCGAGCACCGCCUCAACCCCGUCCUCUCCGCCUCCCCGUCGUCACACGUCCCUCCUCCACCGGCGUCACUGCCUUCGUCGGCGCUCCCGUCGCAGGCCUCCGUCGCUUCCACCGCCGCCUCGUCGUCCGCCACUACCACGCCCGCCCACACCACGUCGCCGUCCAACACGUCGUCCAGCACUCCGCACGCCACGACUGCGCAGACUCUACAGUACCUCGAAGAAAAGAGAAGAAUGGGCUGGAGCCGCAACGGUGGAUACCCGAGCGCCGAGAGCAUGGGCGCGGUAAGCGAGCCUCCCUCAGAGGGCUCUCCAAGUGGCUUCGUCCCUCCGACUUACAGUGACGCCGAUACCGAGUCCUACCACGCCCUCCCAGACUCCCAUCACGCCCAUUACCUCGACCCGCCCCCACACGACUUCUACAGCCUCCACGACAAGUAUCGACUCUCCUACUUCAAGUACCCACAACCCGCCCCACACCGGUACUCACACGAAUACCCAGAUGGAUAUUCCACUCCCCACUACGACCCACAGUUCCAGACAGUACCCCAGGCCCUGUCGGAGCCGUGGGCGCCGGUGGGAGCGCAGGGGCACGACCUGUCACAGGUGCACAGCGUAGGAGCAACCUCCCUGCCGCACUAUCUCCCUCCCCGCCCCGUCGACGUCCCGACUCCCGACACCAAGCCGCCGCCAGGCCUCAUCGGCCCCAACUCCGCCACCCUGGGCUACCCUACUGCCGGAGGAGGCCCCUGCUUCACCGGUUCUGGGCCCAUUCAGCUGUGGCAGUUCCUCCUAGAACUGCUGACAGACAAGAAGCAGCAGCAGCACAUCUCGUGGACUGGCGACGGCUGGGAGUUCAAGCUCACCGACCCCGACGAGGUGGCUCGGCUCUGGGGCUUGAGAAAGAACAAGCCUAAGAUGAACUACGAGAAGCUGUCUCGGGGGCUUCGCUACUACUACGAUAAGAACAUCAUUCACAAGACAGCCGGAAAGCGAUACGUGUACCGUUUUGUCUGCGACCUCCAGUCACUCCUUGGUUAUUCUCCGGAGGAACUACAUGCGAUGGUUGAUCUCAAGCCCGAGAAGAAGGACGACGAUUGAGCUCGGAGCUCCGCCGUGCCUUGCCCUCCCCGCCCCCAGAGAUAGAUAUCACCAAGGUCCGACCUCGGCAAGACACACGGGGACCUGGAUCCGCUACGUUCGAGGCAAACGAGUGGUUCCGAAGAUGUUAUAUGUCCGCCAGGUGCCGUCAUGUUGGACCCUAACUUUUAAAAAAGAAAUUAUAAAAUUUAAAGAAAUGAAGCUAAUUGCUGCUGCGAAGCCCCUUGGCUUCUUUGUUGUAUGUUAGCCAAGCAAUUACAUUUCAUACAAGUUAAACUUUGUCGACUGGCUAUAUUUGCAUUUUAUCUAUAGACGACCCCACUAUCUAUGUGGGACCAUUUUAAUAGUUUUAUUUUUGUAAAUACAGUAUGCCAUUAAUGUCGGGCAUUUAGACUAGAUUGUAUGUUUAUAUAGUCAGAUGUGCGGAGGAUUUUGCCCAGUCUGCAUUGAUGCACUGCUUGGUGCUUGCAGGCUGUGAUGGUGACCAUGGUGCCUGAAGGCAUGUUGGUGAGCCUGGUGCAUGCAGUCUGUAAUAGUGACCAUAGUCCCUGAAGGCACAUAGUGAUUCUGCUGCCUGCAGUCUGUGUUGGUGAUCCUGGUGCCUGCAGUCUGUGUGGUGACCCUUGGUGUCUGCAGUUUAAUCUGGUGCACUUAUGUUUGCACAGUUCAAUUAGUGCACACUGAUACUCUGCGCAGUUAUGUUGCCUACAAUGUCUUUGGUGCAUCAGGUGUUAUCUGUGCGCAGUUUUCGUAACCAGCCAAAUGUACCUGUACUUGUUCUCUGCACAAGGCCCGACUGUAAUAUUAAUCAAUAUUUUUAGUUACUGACUAGUGAUUUGUGGAGAUGACUGAUGAGUGCUUUCAAAACUACAAGUGCUAUAUAUUAGUGUCAAAUUAGUAGACGCCACGGAUUGGAGUGGCCAUUUUUAUUUUUGCAUAAAUGAUCUAUAUAGCCCUUAGCUUGCUGUCACUAACUUCCUGAACGAUUGUGGUGACAUGGACAGCAUUGAUAAAUUUAGAUGACAUUCUAUUUUUCAGUCUUUACUAUGAUUUAUAGGUCGUAUCAGUAACUCAUCAGAGCAGUGAAUAAUCUUUCAAUGCUGUUAGUGAUCCCAUUUUACAAAAAACAAACAAAAAAUAUAUAUAUAGCUUGGUGCAAAAAGAAGCAAUUCCUCCAACGUGCCUUCCUGUUCUGAAUUCCCAACAAGGUCUUUACCCACCCAGCGUUGUACCAGUGUAGGCGAUCAGAUGCUUAUGGUACUUUACAAACCCUUAAGAAAAUAAAAAAUAAACGUGGUGAUAUUUUUUCUAACCAAUGAUUCCAGGUCACAAUGACUGACUGUGAUGUAGCGGAAAGCAAAGUUCAGUAAACCGAUAUUAUAAUUCAUUUUUCUAUUGUCUAAAAAAUAAAUAUUUUGUACUGAUUGUAAAUGCUUUACAACAACUUUGUGACUGGAUGUUAUGGUGUUCCAUUGUUAAUUGUGAUAACUUGUUGAAGAUAUUAAAUGUUAGAUUUUUUUCUUUAUUGUGACAAUCAAGUAGGAAGUGUUCGUACAUUGAUGGACAUAGGAACAGUUGCGAAAUUCUGCAAUGUCGUUCACUCAAACAAGUAUCCCAGUGAGAUCAUGUGAGUCUGAGCUCAUUAGAAGGUUUACUUGUCUAGACACCGAGAAUCUUCCUGCCACCAUACAGCCAUGCCACUUCUAACUUUGCGCAACUGUAUGUGCCAAUGCCAUUUUUUGUGUUUGUAAAUAUAAAUGCACAUCAAAAUUUAAUAUUGUGUUUGAUAAUAACAUUGAUGUUUAUUAUCAUAUACAUUGUGAAUUCUAAAUCUUCCUUUCUUUCAAAACCAAAAAAAGAAAAAAAAAAUUAUGACAUUCAUUUUGUGUACUGAAAGGAUAGUGCAAUUGAAGGUUGUUCCUUUGCAAGUUCCAGUGUAGUAAUACAUUGUAAUGUCUCAAGUCAAGGGCCAUGGCCAUGGUGUCUGAGUGAGAGGAUCAUCUGACGUACAUUUGGUGCUGGAUGUUCGUGCACAAACUUUUUAACAAACGCCCAUGUGCAGUGCCUGACUUAAUACAAACUCAAAGUUCUAGCCAAUUCCCACCUUUUCAAGCAGUCUUUGGUGAAUCGCACCAAGGAACUGGAUAACAGAGCUUUUGUAAUGUUCAUUUGUAACUUUCUCCAGUAUUCACGUUGCUUAUUAUAUUUAGAAUAUUUUUCCAAAGAAUAUUUUUCCAAUAUCUUUAUUCAAACUCUUCCACCAUCUUCCAAUAUAUAUGAUUAUCUCAUAUGUACUUGUAGACUGGAGGGCACUAUUAAAACAAGUUCUAUAUUUGAUAACUGACGUGUUGACCCCCUGGUGUAUUCAGACAGUGCGUGUGUGUGUGUGUGUGCACCAGUGUGUGUGUGUGGGUGUGCGUGAUUAUCGUGAACUGACAAUUUGGGAAGCUCUGACUAACCAACUGCCAAAAAAUCUUGAACUUCAACAUUCAUACUCUUACUGGGCAUACAUCCAAUGUUUAAAGUAGGAAAAAAACACGCUUGACAUUUUCUUUGAAAUCUGUGUUAAAUGGAUGUUUGUCUUUAGUAAUAUGAAAUGAUUUUGAAGUUCAUAAUUUUUGGGGUUGUCUUAUUUUGACGAAUUUCCCUUUGCUGAUUUCAUUGGUAAUGUAAGGUUAUUUUGACCUCUAGCCUUUUAAAAUGCAUUUAUCCUUUAAUGCAAAGCAACCUUCUAUUACCAUGAAAGACCAGCUUCAAUGAUGCCAAAAAAUGUGUGCAUCAUUAUUUAAGGCCAAAUUUAAUAUUUAUUUUCAUUAUGCUGUAUCUUGUUUUCUCCGCAUUCUGGACUUGAUGUGUACAUAUUUAUGUUUUGUCACUAGUUUAAGAAUUUUGAAUGUUGAAGUUAGCUAAAUGUUAAUUAUACAUUUCCAAAGUAUGUAAUUAUAAUUUCAUGCUUUAAGCUCUAGUUGUAAUGCUAUUUUAAGUUCAGAAUUUGCUCCUAUGAUUUUUUUUAUUUAAUAAAGAAGUAAAAUCUGGUCGCUGUUUUGAAUGUAUUUACAUAAUGUAAAUGAUGGUGAUGAAAUGUGAAUGAUGUUGGGGAAAUUAUGUUUUUUUUUGUUUUGUUUUUGUUUUUUUUUAUGGACAGUAACCUGCUGUACAGAGUAGUAGGUUUCAGAGUUGUAUAAAUAUCAUUGAAUCUCAACUAUUCGGCUUCAUUUCAGCAAAAUUCCAAAUACCCGUUACUAUAAAGGAAAUGCUGCUGUAUAUAGAGGAUAUGUAAAAAGCUAAAAAUAAAAGAAUGAUUGUCAA